UUUUAAGAUCCGAUUUUGUUUGAUUUUGCGCCGCUUGUUGCCCCAAAUUCCCCGAACCUUGCACCGCCUUGUCUAUUUAUAGCCCCUCAGUCUGCGAUGAAUCUAGCCCAGUCCAUUUACACUUUCCUCCCCACGUCUUCGUCUCCCCCUAAAACCUUCCCCGAUUUGGGGCGGCCCACCAAACGCGGUAUCAAAAAGUGCCCCAAAUGCGGCAUCUACAACGGCACUCGGGGCAUGAUCUGCAAGAACAAGCACUGCGACGCUGUCUUCAAAGACUACGCCGACAAACGCAAACAAAGUCUGGACGCCGUGCGUCUUGUGGGGAUUGUGCGCCAGGUGUAUUCGGUGCGGGUGCGAGACAGGGGGCCCGACCACCGGGGCUUCGUCCAGCUCCCGCUUCUCAAUGCCGAGCAGGACGAGAGUGUGCUCUCGGAGAACGCGCUGUGUUUUGUUGAUUCGUGUCAGAGGCUUUUCGAUGAUUCGAUUUUGAAGUGUCACGAGUUGGAGCAGAGUGAGACUUCGCUGCUUUGCGUCCACAUCGAUGCGGCGAUUAGGAGUCAGAGUAUGGCAGCCCCCAUUGAGUUCAAGAAAGAGGUUUUGGCCUCGUUGAAAGUCUCGAAGGAAAUCAAAGCGAAACUGUGGCAAUUGGCGACGGAGAAAGAGGGGCCGCUGGUGCAGAGAGUCUCGCGGACUGUGAUGGCGGUCAAGUGUCAAGUGAGCCCCAAGCACCCUCUAGGGUACCUCCACUUUACGUUUGGGUGCACGAAAGGGAGGGAAAUUUACGACAAGUAUUACUGCAGUUGCACCGAAUUUAUGGUUUCAGGGAUUAUCAGCAAGUCGAGCAACGUUCGACUCAAGUGUAUACACUAUUAUGCGUGCAUUUGUGCCCUUGCGAGUGACCCCACAUGUGCGCAAGAAUUCAUACAUUUUACUAAUUACGAAUUGGCAAAAGAGGGGGCUGAGGGGCCCCAAGUCAGUGAAAGUGUCACAAAAACCACGUCAAAACCGGCUUUGAACCCCACUGACAGAACAGCAAGACUGAAGGUGGUCGAGAGAGUGACGAAACGUCCGAAAUUCAAAAAACUGGUGCCUAAUGUGUUUCCAGUGGAAAUCAAAGUGUUGGAAAGUAUGGAAAAAGUCACUCAAAGUGGGGAAAUUUCCUGGAAAUUUAUCGAAUGGUUGUCGUAUGUGACUGAAUCCAUAAACCAAACGAUGCAAUUCGAGAAUUAUGGCAAUUUAAACACUUUGAUUUUUUGCGUGCCUGAGAAGUUUUUUCAAGAGUUUAAAAAGCGGAUUCCAAGUCUCUACCGAGAGAAUGAAGUUUUUUCAGUUUUUAAUUACCGAAUUAUGAAUAUUUUGCACCUGAAAGAGAUAUUUGACACCCCUGAUGUGAAGUUAAAAAUUUCCAAGAGAUUUAUUCAUGAUAAUCAAAAGGGUUACAUAGAACAUGAAGUUGAUGCAAAUAUUAGUUGUCAAUCUAGUUUCAUUUUUUUUCUUAAUGUUGGACAAACAACUGUUGACGAAAGUGACAAUACGGACAAUCCGUUUGUGAUUGAGUGGAUUCCCGGAGUUGCCAACGUUACAAAAAUUGGACAGUUGAAGUUGCAGUAUAAGUAUGGACGGAAAAGUACUACUUGAAAAAUAAAAACACUUAAAAUACC